CACGCAAUUAAUACGCGCAGGUCCCGUGUAAACAAUGGAAGUCCGUUCGCGUGCCAGCCUUCAAAUUAAACCGAAUCGCACGUAAUUCGCUGUAUUUAUAACGAACGCACGAUUUGAUUACACAUUUACAAAAUAAUUUGUUUCUAGGUUUAAUACCUAUUUGCGGAAGUACGUAAUCAUACAGGCACACGUGUAAAUCCACGAUAAAGGCGUCCAGCUGGAUUUACACGCACUAAAAUCACAAUCAGCUGCUUAAAUAAAAUCAGUUUACUGUCCAUUCAUGAACACACGUGUCCAGUGAAAUAUAUUUUACUACAGAGAUGAGUAAACGAGAAGACGAUGGAUGCACCCGAAAACGAAGGACCGAAGCUGGACAGAAAUCGGAGGACUGUAUGAACCCAGAUUCAGCUGUCAUUGCUGCUUUCAAAGUAUUCCAGCAAGAACUUGACACCAAACACGAUAAAUAUGAGCGUUUGGUGAAAAUCAGUCGAGAUGUCACCAUUGAGAGCAAACGGACCAUAUUCCUCCUGCACAGAGUGACCAGUGUUCCAGAUGUUGAGGAGAUCCUGAACGAGGCAGAUGUGAAACUGGACAGUGUGAGGCAGAAGAUCGGACAGAUAGCAGAAGAACUGAGAGGAGAAGAUUUACACCAGUUCCACCGAGCGUUUACUCCAGGGAUUCAGGAGUAUGUGGAGGCCGUUUCCUUCCAUCACUUCAUCAGACAUCGCACACUGAUCAGCCUGGAGGAAAUCAACGCUCGGCUGGUCUUUAUGAGAGAAAAUAAGGGUGUAGGUGAGGUCACGUGUCCCGGUCCGUGCGUUCUGACCUUCCAGAUAACGCCGACCGACUACCUGCUGGGCGUAGCCGACCUGACGGGCGAGCUGAUGCGCAUGUGCAUAAGCAGCGUGGGCAACGGCGACAUGGACACGCCAUUCCAGCUCGGCGGCUUCCUGCGGGAAAUCCAUGACGGCUUCUCCUACAUCGGCAACACGGGACCCUACGAAGUCUCCAAGAAACUGCACACGCUGCGGCAGAGCCUGGGAAAGGUGGAGGACGCGUGCUACACCCUGCGCGUGCGCGGCUCUGAGAUUCCCAAACACAUGCUGGCCGACGUGUUCUCCAGCAGGGCGGCACACUUGGACCCGGAUGACGCAAUGGCGUGAUGCGAUGCGCGUCUUUUCAUGUGCAUGUUGGACUUGGCAAAUAGACUGGGCAUAUUGUGAGAGUAUUUUUAGUUUAAAGAUUCAUAUCUCUCUCUAUCAAUCUGUAUUUGUUUCAAUGGUUGCAUGUUGUUAUCAUGCCUUGUUCUUCAAUUUUGAGCAAGAAGUUUAACUGAUCUUGCUCCUUCUAUUCUACCUAAAAGUUAUAAACAAGUUUACCACGGUUUUGAAAUCAAAUGGCCUCAGAAAUGUCAAUAAAACUUGUUUUUGGUACAAA